UUAUUCUGAAGGCAAUAACCGGAAGUCUUAGUUCUUCAUAGCCUAAUGCUAGAUCUUCAUAGCUUGGCAGCUAACGUUAGCAGUCGCCUCUUUCUUCAAAAAGUCCACGAAAAAUAGAGUUUUAUUCCUAAAAAGUCACCAUGCAGAACCACUGCGUCGUGCUGGACUGUCUCAGUGGUAUUUCAGACUUUCAGGCGCUCUUCCGGUUUCCACGAGAUCCAGACAGAUCGCAGAAGUGGGUUGAACAGUGCCAGAGGGAUGACCUGAAGGAGAAAUCAGCGGAGCAGCUCUACAAAUACUACAGACUCUGUGGGAAACAUUUUGAAGCAUCUGCAUUUGAUAGUGAUGCUCCAGGUUCUGUGUUGAAAGCUGAUGCUGUCCCAUCUGUGUUUGAUGGUCCAGGCCAGCCUCAGAGUGGACAGGUGAAGCAUGGUAAAGAGACGACAAAAGAUAGUGAAACUGAGAGAAGAGGAAGGAAAAGAAUGAAAAAAGCUCCAGCAGAGCCUAUUACUGAAACUGUCCAGAAUGUACCAGAGGAAGAUGAAGAGAAAAAGUACCUCAAGACUUUAUUGGAGGUUCUUCUACUUCUCGGAGAGCAAAGCAUUCCGCCAUUUGCACCGUGCAAUGGGAAAGAUGAUGGCUUGAAGUCAUGUAAUUUCCAGGCGUUGCUGGAAUACCGCCUGAACUGUGGCGAUGAAGUCUUAAAGAACAAGUUUGAUUCUUCAAGGCAAAACUGCUUUUCCAACGAACUCGACAUGCUAAUCACGGUUUGUGAGCAGUAUGUGCGCAGUAAGGUGAUCGAGGGAGUCAAGGAAAAUGGCUUUUUCUCACUGCUCACCAGCGAACCGGUGAAGAUCUCAGGAGAAUGGUGCCUUCCGGUGUUCCUUCGUUAUGUGGACCAGUUGAAAAGCCAUCAGGAGAAGUUUGCGGGGUUCUUGACCUUUGAAGGAGACGAAAAUGACCUGGCAGAAAAACUACUAUCUGAAAUGACCGAUAGAUGGGGUUUAGAUAUGAGCCAGUGUAGAGCGCAAGCUCACGCCUGCUCUGGGACCCACUCGAGAAAAAUUAAAGCAUUUGCUUCCAAAUUGGUUGAGAAGUACCCCAAGGCUUUACUGACAUUUAGACCUACUAAUCCGUUGACCCUGGCUCUGGCCAACAGCAUGGGAGUGUCAGGGGUUCAACUCGUCCUGUCCACCUUUAAGCAGAUAGAAUUGUUUUUCUCUCAGUCACCACUACUGCAGGUGGAGUUUGAGCAUGCAAUUUCCAUCUUCUACCCAGACAAAGAGGACAAAGCUGAGGAGCUGAAGAAGAUCUGCCGGACCGGCUGGCCCAGAAGAAAUGAUGGGUUUGAGGUGGCACUGGAUGUCAUAGAGGCACUGUUGCUCUGUGUGGACAGCGUCCACGACAACGAAGACAUGAGGUGGAAUGACCAAGUCACCCACAGUGCUUUAGAGAUCUCCAAAGCCUUAACUGACUUUGAGUUCAUCAUGGCGUUAAUCGUGCUGAAAAACGUGAUGGUGCUCAUCCAGGCGUUUGGGAAAAACCUCCAAGGUAAAGCGGUGGACAUCCAUUCAGCUACAGCCAGCUUGACCGCCGUGCUGCAGUCCCUGAAGGAAAUGUCCGACAACAUCGACGUCUACCACGACUUUUUCUACGACGAAGCCGUCAACCUAGCGGCAGCCAUGGAGAUCCCUGUCAAGGUUCCUCGGUUCUUCUCGAGGAAGCGUCAGGGAGAACAAGGAAGCACUCAGGAGGAUGACUACUACAAGGAGCAUGUGACGGUUCCUGCGGUGAAGCACGUCAUCGGCGAAAUGAAUGAUCUCUUCUCUCAGGAUCACAUCAAGGUCUUGGGGUGUAUGUGUCUGAUCCCAGACAUCAUAGAGGGGAAGAAGUCCACUCAGCCGGACGAGGAGAGCAUUCAGGUGUUCAGCGACGACAUCCCGAAUGCAGGAAGUCUCUCCGCUGAGCUGCACUGCUGGUGGGUCAAAUGGAGCAAGAAAGGCAAAGGCGAGACAUUUCCCUCCAGCCUCCAUGACACGCUACAGCUGGCGGACGUCAAGUUCUUCCCCAACGUGAUGACGGCUCUGAGACUCCUCAGCAUCCUACCCACGCUGGCUCUGGAGGACAGCUCCGACGUGGCGUUCAAGCGUUACCAGAUGUACAUAGAGAAUAUGCCUGACAAUGUCAAGUCAAAAAGCCUCGCCCUCUUCAACAUAAACUACGACGUUGGGUUCGAUCUGGACUCCAUGGUAGAGCUCUACCAGAAGACGUACCCUGAAAGGCAGGAAGUCUCUUGAGCUUCCAGAAAAUGUUAAACUUUAUUUUCUGACCCUCAAAUGAAAAUGGAAUGUUUUGUACUUGGUUUUAUUUUUUAUGUUGAAGUGUAGACAUGAAUAUGGUUAGAUCUGUACACUAGGUCUCUAUAGUUUUCUUUUCUUCCACUGUUGAUCAGUUCUCUAGUAAAAUGAUAAUUUGUUCUGCUGUUUUGAGAGUUUUGUCCAGAUUUGCAGAAAACAUGCCCAGUCUUGAAUUUGCAAUUAAAGAGAAGGAAUUUUUAAAUUCA